AUGCGCUUCUGCCUCCUAUUGCCGCUGUUGGCGGCUGCUUUGGAGCACGAGUUGGUGGCCGAUGACGAAUGCACACAAGGCUCCUGUGCGCUGAAUGCCCUUCAGAUGCAGCAGCGGCAGUUGGUCGAGAGCUGCCAAAACAAUACCCAGUGUGACAGCAACCGCACCUGCGUCUUCAAACAGGACAAGUCCUGGAGUCAGUGUGUGCCUUUGGACGACGAGACUUUCCAGAAGGAGUGCCGCUACUGGGACAGGGGCCUCCGCCUUUCUGCGAUCAACGCCACAAAGAUGACCUGCAACACCAUCAAGUGCGCGUUUGACCAGGACUGCGAACUGGGCAACGUUUGUGUCUCCAAGCCGGACGGGAGCUGGGCGCAGUGUGUGCCCUUGAAGAAGGAGGACUUCCAGAAGCAAUGCGUGGGCUGGGAGGACGACUUUCGCCUCGCCAGCAUCAAGGCCACGCACUGGAACUGCCCCAACACCAGAUGUUACUCGCAGGACUGGUGCGUGAGCGGUGCCAGAUGUGCCCAACAAGAGGACGCCGAGUGGGGCCAGUGCAUCAUGUGCCACACCAAAAGCUUUCAGACCAACUGCUUCUCCUGGCGUUCCAGCUUCAUCGCGGCAGCGGAGAAGGCAUGCCACCGGGAGUGUUUGUUCGACGAGGCCUUCGAGGAUGAUGAGUCCGAAGUAGAUGGCGAGAGGUCCGGAGUUUGCCUCAAAAUGUUCAGCCCCGCCUGUUCGGCAGCGAUCUUCCUGGGGAGCAACGACCUGCUGUGCAUCGCCGACCAGCCGGUCAAGAGUUUUUCCCUGCGCCGGGCGGGGAUCUCACGAGGUGCAGCCCCAAAUGAGAUCGGGUUCCGCCUCACCUUUGCGCAGAGUGGGCGCGUCGGAGAUCCGCGUUUGCUCACCUCGGCGGCCACGAAGUUCGACUACAUCAGGACGCCCAGCUUCCAGCGCUUGAGCCCGAGCUUCGGACCCCCGCGGCUGCCUGUGCGGGUGCAGGGGCGCAACUUCCCCAUUGGCGUCCCAAAGGUGUCGGUGCGAUGCUUCUGGUCCUUGACCAGAGAUGUCACUGUGGGUACCCUGAUCUCAGGCAGUGAGUUGACGUGCCCGAGCCCUUCAGAGCUGCCCAUCAUUCAGCUGACGGGGCGGACGGGGUCAGUGGACCACCUCUCGAGCGUCUCCUUUGACGGCGGCAGGAACUUCCACCCGGUGGCCGCAGCCGGCUUGGCCUUCACCAUCCUGCACCGUGGCACUGCGCCGCUCGCUGAGCGCCUCGCGCCCACCUACGCGCGGGUGGGACGAGGCGAUACCAUCUCCAUCUUCGGCGGGGACUUCAUGCCGAUACAGCGGCUCGCGCCCAGCUUCGGCUACUGCACCUUCUCCUGGAACGUGACCUACCCCACGGACCUCAGCAACGACACCGGUGUGCGAGCAUCUACCGCUGUCUACGUGUCUGGGCGCGAGGUCCGCUGCCAGGUUCCCUUGGACUUGCCGCCGGCCACCCACGCCGUGCAGCUCUUCUUCACCCAGGGCCGCUACACCCUCGAGGCGCGCUACGGCGCCAACGUGACCUCGCUUGACCUUAUAGCGCCGGCCUAA